CGAGGAGGACAUGUACCGUGCUGCAGAUGAAAUAGAAAAGGAGAAAGAAUUGCUAAUACAUGAAAGAGGGAUAUCAGAACUCAGGUUAAGUGUGGCUCCUGAAAUGGAUAUUAUGGACUACUGCAAGAAAGAAUGGAGGGGAAAUACUCAGAAAGCCACAUGUAUGAAAAAGGGCUAUGAGGAAGUUUCUCAGAAAUUCACAUCUAUAAGGCGAGUACGUGGUGAUAAUUAUUGUGCACUGAGGGCCACGCUGUUCCAGGCCAUGAGCCAACUGGCGGAGCUGCCCCUCUGGCUUCGGGACCCAGAGCUCAUGCUGUUACCAGAAAAGCUGAUAAACAAGUAUAGCUGGAUCAAGCAAUGGAAACUUGGACUGAAGUUUGAUGGGAAGAGUGAGGACCUGGUUGAAAAAAUUAAGGAGUCCCUUGCCCUACUGAGGAAGAAGUGGGCAAGCCUGGCUGAAAUGAAAACUGCUGAGGCAAGGCAGAUAGCUUGCGAUGAACUGUUCACCAAUGAAGAGGAGGAGUACAGCCUCUAUGAAGCUGUAAAAUUUCUAAUGUUAAACAGAGCCAUCGAACUCUAUGAUGAUAAAGAGAAAGGAAAGGAAGUCCCAUUUUUUUCUGUGCUCUUGUUUGCUCGAGACACAUCAAACGACCCUGGACAGCUACUGAGGAACCACCUAAACCAGGUGGGACACACUGGUGGCCUUGAACAGGUUGAAAUGUUCCUUCUUGCCUAUGCUGUUCGCCACACCAUCCAGGUGUACCGGUUGUCCAAGUACAACACUGAGGAGUUCCUCACCGUCUAUCCUACUGACGCCCCCAAGGACUGGCCAGUGGUGACCCUCAUAGCUGAGGAUGAUCGACACUAUAACAUCCCUGUCAGAGUGUGUGAGGAGACAAGUCUGUGAGGACACAUGUUGAAAGCCAUGUGAGGUGGCGCAGGUGCACAUGCAGCGCCUCCUCCUGGGGCCCUUAGGUCUGCAGGUCUCCAAGGACAAUCUGGGAGAACUUUGGGGCUGCUGGAGCCAAGCUGGACUGCGAUGUUCUGAAGACUAGCUGUUGAUAAUGAGAAGUAGCCAAGUCUUCACUCAUGAUCUGUUACACAGUGUAUUUCACUGGGGGCUUCAGCAUGUAUCUGUGGAAGGUACAAACUAUGUCUCCAUAAGGCAGAUGCUUUUGUGUCAGAGGACACUGUUUGGAAAGGAAUAUGUCCAAUAACAGUUCUGAUGGUAAACUGCUGUUACUUUUUAAGACAGUAGUUUUGGUUUUGAUGUUUUUUCUUUUGGGGGGAUGGUGGUGAUGGGUCUCAUUAGUGGUCUUCCUGUGAGAUACAUGUAAGUGGUGAUGUCCUGGAAUGAAUAGUUACAUUAUCUUUUGAUAGCUUCAUCUGCUUUUGGAGGGAUUGGCAGUGAAUUUAUAUGCCAGUUAAUACUAUUUUAAGUAGAUUGUCUCUUAGAAGAUUAAGAAUUGGGUCCCAGAGUAGAUUUUUUGAAGCUUGGAAGGGAUACAGGAGAGAACGGGGAGGAGUAUAGACACUGAUUUCUGAGCCUCGGUACCCUGCAUUGAGAGAACCUGUUCUCAGAAGGUCCAAUGGCUAUGAUUCCACAGUCAGAACUGAGUUUGUUUCCACCUCUCUAGAGUUUGUUUCCACCUCUCUAUAGAGGUGAAACCAAACUGUCACCUAAGUUGACACAGGGCUGGGCUGGCUGCUGGGCCUCCUUUGCCCCUUUCAUGCUGUUGAAGAUCUCAUGAACCGCCAAACCCAUGUAACUCAUCCUGUGACAGGAUGAGAGACAGCCAACUAUCUGGGAUGCCUGAUAAGCUACUCAAAGCAGAAGCACAAGGUAAGCAAUGUAAAAGUAGUUGGAGCUGCUUGGGCAGCUAGAAGGAGGCAGCUGUGCUGGCAACAAUAGGUCUGUCUUCAUGGUGUGAGCCAUGGUCUUGACUUGGGCAGGGGUGAGUGGGAGAGGGCUAAGCAUGGGUUACCUUAGGACCUUCAUCACUCGAGGUCCAUAGCCCAUGGUCUUUGUUCAUGGGGACCAGACAUAUCCCUAUUUAGGAUUCCAUCUGUAGCACCCAAAUCAGUUCAACAUUUGUUGGUGGUGUUAUCCUGAUACAUUGAACUUAAGAUAAUUAAAACCCUUAAUUUGAUCCAGUUUCAUAUAAGCAACUUGUUUUGGGAGAUAGGCCAACCCUUUAAAAUAUAAAUUGUCAUUUCAUUAAAAAUUAAGUCUUAAAAAUUGUCUGAGGUAAGAAAACUCAGGAUAUACAAACCAAUCAGACCCUUGAUGUGGCAUUUCUUUCAUUGCCUCAUGGUAAAAUCACUACAUUUUGUUAACUGAUGAUUGGUUAGAGUGCUGGCAUCAAAUGCUGUUCUGAAUGUGUGUGACUAUGUUAGAGAGGCUCUGUGUUUUCACUGUGAAAUGCUAUGGUACCCUUGAGUGAGAAGGUACCUAGCAGCCAAGUUAAAAUAAUAAUAGUGGCUUAC